ACGACGUUGUCUUGAGGUUUUCCGGAUCCUUCUUCCUAUCGAGAAAUGAUCUCGAGGCUCAUAUCAGCGCACUACACAAUUCUUUCGGAGAAAGAGAGGCUGUACGCGACGAUGGUGGCGAAUAGGGUGAAGGCGGAACCAAAUCGCAGUUCAGACCAUCGGCCAUGAGUCCAAGCCUCAUGCUAGACUACCAGUCAUUUGUGUCGUCAUGAAUUGGCCCAUUUCGCAAGGUGGUUAGUGCCUGUGCGUCUGCGAACACUUCUAUCUGGGUGCCAGUAGCCUCGCACUGCCGGAACACGCUCUGUCCUGGGUCCUCGCGUCGUAGUCUGCCACUCCUUGCAAUGACCCGCCAUCGCCACUUCCUGACCAUGGAUGCUAGUCGUAAUGAAUCGUCUUUCCGCCCAAGAAUGCUCUGGAGGAAUUACAACUGGGAUAAGAGGAUCGCGAGAUGGGAAUCUCUCCCUUGUCUUCGACUGCAGCCGAAUCGCGAUCUGUUCAAUUGCCAGCGAUGUGGUUUCACAAACGUCCUAGGCUUCACAUGCACUUGGUGCUCUGGUCUUUGCGAUAUUGUCAGAGUAGCGCGCUCAGCUGUGGCGUUGGUGCGCAGACGUGCCAGCACACCUUCACUACUGAGCGCUGCGCAGAAGACGCGGGUAGAUAGAAUGGGAAGACAGAGGGCUCAUGUUGUACUGAGCAAUCGACCUGAGCGCCAUCUGUCGCCGAUAGAAGACAGCCAAAUACAGCUGUCUGCGAACACUGUGUCGCAGCACUCGACGAAGACUCUUCUCCGCAGGAACCGUCGUCGUGCUGCGAUCUACUCUGCGACAGAUGUUGUUGCUACCUCGGAUUUAGAACUGCAACCAUAUCUACGACGCCUCACCGACAUGUUCUGGACCGACGAACAGCCCGCCGCCAUUGCGCCUUCCGACUGCUCGAGCACACGUGGUGCUAGCGAGGUGGGGCUUCAGGCUGGCAAUAUCGAGUCGACAGAAAGCGAGUCUGUGGCGUCCACCGGUACUUUUUCGCAACGAACGCUACGGCGCAAGCAGAGGAUGUCCGUCCUUAGGCAGCGCUCCUCUCGCUCUCUGCGCAAGCGAUCCUCAUGCACGUUGUCGACGGCAUCGUCAAGACGUGGCGAGAACCCUCAAGCUAUAGUUAUGCAGAGCGCCUCGAGCUCUGUGGCGUUUGCGCCUGUGCAAGUCCCGCUAGGGCAUCCGCAUCGGCCUCUGUACACAGCGAUCCGCAAGAACAUGGCCUCUCCCAGUAUACCCGAUGUUCCGAUACCCGCCAUAGACUGUACCGCCCUCCACGCCACACCAUACGAUCGCACCGUGAAGUCCCUUGAUAUACCCCGUUCUACGGCUGUCGUACGGCACUAUGCGUUCAUCCCUGCCUCGGAUUGGACAGCUGGCUGCUCGCUCACUGGAGAGGCAGAAUUGCGUAUGGACCUCGAGCGGUGCCGCUCAGCGGAGGCGAUUCCGAUACAGUAUACAGAAGGCGAGGCGAGGCGAGGGAGAGCGGUGAAGGAGAAAGUGAGAAACUUGAGGAAAGGACUGAAAGGAUUGCUGACGAAGCGAACCUGACGGAUGGCUCGCGAGUAUCGUCUCUUGCACCUAUGAUGGAUGCAAUCGUCUUCAAAUAAUGCCCGAGUGUAUAUGUUGCGAUCGUCGGUCAACCGGUUUGGUUGAUCUUCGCCCAGCGACUCGAGAUUUUGCGGGUAGGCACGUUCGUUAUCCUCUGACCAUGGUUCCCUGCCAGUAGUGCUCACGCUCGAGACUGGUAAAGGCUUUACCCUUGCACCUGCUAGCUUCAGAUCUCUGUGCUGAUCGUCCGACACAUGUUGACAU